AGGGAAUAUAAAUAUGCAGUGUGAUCGUGGUGUAGCGUUUAGUCACCAUUUGAAGGUAUAAUCAUGUUGAAAUUUUCUCCUCUUCUGUUGCUAUUGCUUAUUCGAUUAAGAACGGCAACUGGUGCCAACGUUAUAACUGGAACCGUGAAGUUUUAUAUUUAUAACAAACAAUUGGAGCGUUUGGUAGAACUGUCAAACAAUAACAGUGACUUCGCUAGUAAUGGCUGUAAUCCUACGGAAGAGUUCACUGUUGUUGUGCACGGCUGGCGGGAAGGUAUUAACACCGAAUGGGUGAACGAAAUGAUGCCAAACAUGACAGCCUACCGGGGCGGGUGUAUCAUGUUUAUGAGCUACGGUGAAACUGGCAAUCAGAUGGACUAUUUCGGUGACCUUGUGCCCCACUUCGAAGAAUUGGCCAACAAUUUAACCAAUCAUUAUCGUCGGUUGGAGGCCUUCGGGUUCGAUCCGGCCGACGGUUUCGUUUUUGGGUUUAGUUUCGGUUCGCAGGUGGCGAUACAAUCUGGAAUAAAUUAUGGGGCCAACAAACUUGGCCGCAUUGAUGCAUGUGAACCAGCUGGUCCAGGUUUUGACGGUAACAGCCAACGGUCCUCGAUGGAUCCGACACAGGCUGCCAAAAGAGUUCAGUGCAUUCAUACCAGUUCGAACUACGGAACGAGUAAGCGAAAUUGUCACGUAGAUUGGGACAUGGGAGAAUGCGGCAAAAGCCAGAUUGCAGCGGGACCGUUCCCAAAGGGUUCGCACGGUUUGUGUCCUUACUUUUACAUCAGUGCCUUCACACACAACUUUUACGCUGAACCAAAACCCAAAGAUUGCACGUCAAGCCGCUACACUGGUAUUUGGCCUUCUGGCUACAAAAUGGGCUACUUUAGCGGUUCGAACAGUUCAUAUCAAGGGGAAGUUUUCUCUCCAACUACUAAAUAUUAUCCAUACAACGAUCCUAACCCUGUCACAAGCGGGUGCAUAUCUGCUGAUAUCUGGCAGUAAAGCAAAAUAAUCAUAUUAUCAUAUAGUCAGAAACAACGAUGAGAAAGCACAUUGAUUUAUAAAUUUAUCUUUUGAUUCAUGAUAAAUAUAGUGUGUUGGAAAAUAAA